GAUUUUUGAGCACUGGGGACCAAGCAGCAAAAGGAAACUAUGGCCUCCUUGAUCUAAUUCAAGCUUUGCGAUGGACUAGUGAAAAUAUUGGGUUCUUUGGUGGUGACCCAUUAAGAAUAACUGUUUUUGGAUCUGGUGCAGGCGGUUCAUGUGUCAAUCUGUUGACUUUAUCCCAUUAUUCUGAAGGUAACCGUUGGAGCAAUUCAACCAAAGGACUUUUUCAAAGAGCAAUAGCUCAAAGCGGAACGGCUCUCUCCAGCUGGGCAGUUAGUUUUCAGCCUGCAAAAUAUGCCAGGAUGUUGGCUACGAAAGUUGGUUGCAACAUGUCAGACACUGUAGAAUUGGUAGAAUGUCUACAGAAGAAGCCUUAUAGAGAACUUGUCGACCAGGACAUUCAACCAGCAAGAUACCAUAUAGCCUUUGGACCAGUAAUUGAUGGUGAUGUGAUACCAGAUGAUCCUCAGAUAUUGAUGGAACAAGGAGAAUUCCUCAAUUAUGACAUCAUGUUGGGAGUUAACCAAGGGGAAGGGUUAAAAUUUGUUGAAAAUAUUGUGGAUAGCGAGGAUGGCAUAUCAGCUAGUGAUUUUGACUUUGCAGUUUCUAAUUUUGUCGAUAACUUAUACGGAUACCCUGAAGGCAAAGAUAUAUUGAGGGAAACUAUUAAAUUUAUGUACACAGACUGGGCAGAUCGACACAAUCCUGAGACCAGAAGGAAAACACUGCUGGCUUUGUUUACUGAUCACCAGUGGGUUGCACCAGCAGUGGCUACAGCAGAUCUUCACUCAAAUUUUGGAUCGCCUACAUAUUUCUAUGCCUUCUACCAUCAUUGCCAGACAGAUCAGGUACCUGCAUGGGCAGAUGCAGCCCAUGGAGAUGAGGUUCCUUACGUACUAGGAAUCCCCAUGAUUGGUCCUACUGAAUUAUUUCCUUGUAAUUUCUCCAAAAAUGAUGUCAUGCUAAGUGCGGUGGUGAUGACGUACUGGACAAACUUUGCAAAAACUGGUGACCCAAAUCAACCAGUGCCACAAGAUACAAAAUUCAUCCAUACAAAACCAAAUCGUUUUGAAGAAGUAGCAUGGACCAGAUAUUCUCAAAAAGACCAACUGUAUCUUCACAUUGGAUUAAAACCACGAGUUAAAGAACAUUAUAGGGCCAAUAAAGUGAACCUUUGGUUGGAACUGGUACCUCAUCUGCACAAUCUUAACGACAUUUCACAGUAUACCUCUACCACAACUAAAGUGCCGUCAACUGAUAAUACUUUCAGACCAACAAGGAAAAAUUCUGUUUCUGUUACUUCAGCCUUUCCUACAGCCAAACAAGAUGAUCCCAAACAACAGCCAAGCCCAUUUUCAGUGGAUCAAAGGGACUAUUCGACAGAAUUGAGCGUUACUAUUGCAGUUGGUGCAUCUUUGCUGUUCCUGAACAUUUUGGCCUUUGCAGCAUUGUACUACAAAAAAGACAAGCGGAGACAUGAUGUUCACAGGAGAUGUAGCCCACAACGUACUACUACCAAUGAUCUUACCCAUGCACAAGAAGAGGAGAUAAUGUCCCUCCAGAUGAAGCACACUGACUUGGAUCAUGAAUGUGAGUCCAUCCAUCCACAUGAGGUGGUUCUUAGGACCGCCUGUCCCCCAGACUACACGCUAGCUAUGAGAAGGUCUCCUGAUGAUAUUCCCUUAAUGACACCCAACACCAUCACAAUGAUCCCCAACACUAUACCAGGGAUUCAACCCUUACACACAUUCAAUACAUUUACCGGAGGACAGAACAAUACUCUGCCCCAUCCUCAUCCCCACCCCCAUUCACAUUCAACAACCAGGGUAUAG